AUAUAAUGCUUUUUCUUUUGUAUAUUGAAAUGUUUAUAGUUUUUAAUGAUUGUUAAGAACACUGUGAAAAAUAAAAGUUAAAAGAAAGCAAGCAUUAGGUAUAGACAGUAAUAUAACGGGGCAGGCCUCUAAAGGCCAAGAAUGUUUAAGGAUAUGGCAGAUUUUGAGGUUCUAAAUAGGCAAAGAGGAGUUAGCCACUGUAAAGAAGAGUACCUAAAGUCUCUAAGUCCAAAGUCCAUGAACUGCAUAUGGGCAGGUAGUGGAUUCUAAGUAGGCACUCCCAAGCUAAUUAUCCAGGAGUUCAGCACAAACCACAAGGAACAGACAGGUAGCAGGUUUCAAGUAGUCAGUCUAAGUAUCAUUGUCCAAAAGUACAGGGUAGGUGGGAGGUGAUAGACAAAGAGCAACUUUCAAGUGGACAAGCCAAGAUCAAUGCCCUUAUGAACUGGGAGGGCCUACAAAGAGCACACCAGGGUUAUAACUCUUGGCAGCAGGGCAGAGGCUGCCUGUUCUUUGCCCUAGUUUAAGGUAUGCUACAUAACUAGACUGGGCAGCCAGAGUAAGCCAGGGUUCUACUGACGCCUGUGAUUUCUGCUAACGGCAGCCAUGAAGACAAGUUAUGUCACAGGACUCUAGAUUUAGAACUGGGCGAAUCAGUGGGGUUUUUUUUUCCUACUUAACUAAAGUCCUUCCUUUGCCCUCUUCUCUCCUCCAAAAAUUCUAGAAGAUUGGCAGGGACUUUGGGGAGAGCAGAAUAUUUGGUAUUGAUAAAAGACUCAGGCCCUUUCCGCACUGUCCUGAAGAAGGUUCCACAUGGCAUUGUUUUUGGUUUCCCUCCUAACUUUAAAGGGAACCUUUCACCAUGUCUGGAGCCCUAGAUAUCUUGCAGAUGAAAAAGGAGGAUGUCAUCAAAUUCCUUGCUGCAGGAAGCCAUUUGGGUGGCACCAAUUUGGACUUCCAGAUGGAACAGUAUAUCUACAAAAGAAAGAGUGAUGGCUUCUACAUCAUCAAUUUGAAGAGCACUUGGGAAAAGCUUCUGCUGGCAUCCUGUGCCAUUGUUGCCAUUAAAAAUCCAGCUGAUGUUAGUGUCAUCUCAUCCAGGAACACUGGCCAGCGUGCUGUUCUGAAAUUUGCUGCUGCCACUGGCGCCACACCUACUGCUGGACGUUUCACACCAGGCACUUUCACCAGCCAGAUCCAGGCAGCUUUCAGGGACCUUUGCCUCUUAGCGGUCACUGAUCCUCGGGCAGAUCACCAGCCUCUGACUGAAGCACUGUAUGUUAACCUUCCAAUCAUUGCAUUGUGCGACACAGACUCCCCACUUCACUAUGUGGACAUCGCCAUUCCAUGGAAUAACAAGGGAGCUCACUCGGUGGAUCUGAUGUGGUGGAUGCUGGCCUGUGAAGUCCUACUUAUGCGUGGUACCAUCUCCCGUGAACAUCCAUGGGAGGUAAUGCCCGAUCUUUGCUUUUACAGGGAUCCAGAGGAGAUUGAAAAGGAAGAGCAGGCCGCAGCUGAGAAGACAGUGACAAAGGAGUUUCAGGGUGAAUGGACUACACCUGCCCCAGAAUUCACUGCUACUCAACCAGGGAUGGCUGAUUGCUCUGAGGGAAUACAGGUGCCAUCUGUGCCCAUUCAGCAGUUCCCUACUGAAGACUAGAGUGUUCAGCUGGCUACUGAGGACUGGUCUGUGGCUCCUACUGCUCAGGCCACUGAGUGGGUAGGAACUACCACAGAGUGGUCUUAAGUUUUACCCCAGAUUUUCUAAUACUGUUGGAAAAAUGCUGAUGGAAAAUAAACAUUUUC